AAACAAAACCAAUAAAUUUCAAUAUUUUUAAAUUCCAUUUGUAAGGAAUACAGUAUUUAUUUAUUUAUCAUUCUAACUAUUAAAUAAAUUAUUUGGCUGACCUAUUUAUUUAUUCAUCUAUUUAUCUAUAUAAGUAGCAACAUAUUUGAUUUCAGAAUAUUAAUCUGCUUAUAAUUUGAUUAAAUAAGUUUUAAUCACUUUCCUAAAUAGAAUCAAUAAGCGUUUAAGAAGAAAAAUUUUUAAUAAUUAAGGAAUAUCAAUAACAGCAAACUGCUGCUGAUAAAAGGAAAAAAGAAAAAAAGAAUCAAGUAAGUGAUUCAAGCAAAAUAAUAAGAAAAAAAAUUAAUAAUUAUAAUUAUAAUAAGAAGAUAAAGGUUAAUUGUUAACUCUGCUUAUAAAGCCAAUCAAAAUCAAAAGAAUUAAACAAAAUAUAUAUAGUAUUAAUACAAAAAAUUUCUUUACUAUUUAUAAUAUCAAAGAAUAACAUAAGCAAAACAACAAAUAAAUAAAAGUAAGAGAGAAAGCAGAAAAACAAUGAAUUCAGAAGGGCCAAGCAAUCCCAGAGUUACAAUAGCAGUCACUAGGCAAUUAAAUUAAUUAAAGACUAAAGCUCCUGAUGGUGUUAAGAUAGUGAUUAAUGAUGCAGAUAUUUUUGAUAUUCAAGCCGAUGUUGAAGGUCCAGUUAAAACGCCAUACGAAGGAGGAUUGUUUAGAUGUAAAUUAGUACUUCCUUAAGACUUUCCUAAGAGUCCACCCAAAGGUUAUUUUAUUACUAAGAUCUUCCACCCUAACGUUUCUGAGAAGGGUGAGAUUUGCGUUAACACCUUAAAAAAAGAUUGGAAUCAUUAAAGUUGGUCAUUUUACAAUAUUUUCGAGGUUAUCAAAUGUUUACUGAUCAUUCCGUUCCCAGAAAGUGCACUGAAUGAAGAAGCAGGAAAACUCUUCAUGGAAGACUAUGAUUCUUAUUUUAAGUAUGCAAAAUUAAUGACCGAAGUACACGCCAAACCAAAAGUAACAAAUAAAAUGGAAGUUGAAAAAGAAGAAGCAAGUAAGAAAGUUGAGGAGGAAAUCCCUACAGUUAUUUCUAUAAAAUUAGAUAAAACUACUGCUUAGACACUCCCUGCUAAUACAUAGAACAGCUAAACUGCAACUUUAUAAAAUUCCUAGCCACAAUCCCAAUAGAUGUAACUAGGUUCAUAGAUAAAAAUAAACAGCAAUAAUAAUAACAAUGUUGGUAAUCCCAGCAAUGGCAUUCUGCUUAGUGGUAAUUAAACUUUACCUAUUCAAUAAAAUCUAUAAAAUGGAUAGCAAUAAGGUAUCGUAUAUAAUGGCUCUUAGUUUAAUUUGACAUAAGCAAACUUUUCAAAUGCAGUAAUAACUAAUAUUUCAAUAAAUUCUCCAUAUAAAGAUAGCAAUAAGCCAUAGAUUAUGAAUAAUAGCCAAUUUUUGAAUGGAAGCAGCUUCUAAAAGAAUCAAAAUUAGGAAAAUUUAUAAUAUUAAACAAAUUCUAGCUUUGGAAACUAAAAUAAUUUAUCAAAUCCUGGAUUGUUAAAUGGAAGUCUUAUUUAGGAAGAGCCUUUGUGCGCUCUCAGUAAAAAUAAUGGGUACUACUCUAAUACAGUAUAAUCCUCUGCAACAUAAGGUACAAGCUAAUAAUAGAAGCAACCUCCUCAAUAAUUUAAUAAAAAUAAUGUGCUUCUCAAUUUGACUUUCAACAAUUAUGCCGUAGGAUAGCAAUCAUUCGUUUCGACCAAUAUAAAUACAAAUACCAACAAUGGGAAGCAGCAAAAUGAAAAGAAGAAGUGGCUUAAGCGUAUUUGA